UAGCGAAAGCGCCCACCUGAAGAAGAACACUGCCACAGGGACUAAAGGCUCAGGAGAUGCUACAGCAGCAAAUAAAAGAGACGAAAAGGGGAGUAGCACCAAAGUGGGAAAAAUAUCACAAGUCAUAGGAGCCGUGGUAGAUGUGGAAUUUGGGGACACUCCCCCUUCCAUUCUAAACGCACUUGAAGCAGACCUGGAUGAUAAAAAAAUCAUCUUAGAAGUAGCACAACAUUUAGGAAACAAAGUAGUGAGGACCAUCGCCAUGGAUGCAACGGAUGGGUUAGUCAGAGGACAAAAAGUUUUAGAUAGUGGCAAACCAAUAUCAGUACCGGUAGGGAAAGAAACUCUUGGGAGAAUUAUGAAUGUAAUUGGGGAACCUAUAGAUGAAUGCGGAAGCAUAAAAUGUAAAAAAAUGCUACCGAUUCAUAGAGAUCCACCAUUAUUCACAGAUCAGAGUACCGAACCCGCACUUCUAAUUACAGGUAUUAAGGUAGUGGAUCUAAUUGCACCAUAUGCUAAGGGGGGGAAAAUAGGUCUGUUUGGCGGAGCAGGAGUGGGAAAAACGGUACUGAUUAUGGAAUUAAUUAAUAAUGUAGCAAAGAAACAUGGAGGAUAUUCUGUCUUUGCUGGAGUUGGUGAGAGGACAAGAGAAGGGAACGACUUGUAUCAUGAAAUGAUAACAACUGGGGUGAUUAAGAAAAAAAAAAUUGGAAAUGGAGAGUAUGAUUUUAAUGGUUCAAAGGCAGCUCUGGUAUAUGGACAAAUGAAUGAACCUCCAGGAGCUCGUGCAAGAGUUGCCCUAACUGGUUUAACCGUGGCUGAGUAUUUCCGAGAUGAAGAAAAUCAAGAUGUGUUACUCUUUGUCGAUAAUAUAUACAGAUUUACACAAGCAGGUUCCGAGGUAUCAGCUUUGUUAGGUCGUAUUCCUUCAGCAGUUGGAUACCAACCUACACUAUCCACAGAUUUGGGAGCUCUACAGGAGAGAAUCACCACCACGAAAAAUGGUUCUAUCACAUCUGUUCAGGCUGUCUAUGUACCAGCAGAUGAUCUAACAGAUCCUGCACCUGCAACGACCUUUUCUCAUCUUGAUGCAACGACUGUUCUGUCGAGAUCUAUAGCUGAGUUAGGUAUCUACCCUGCUGUUGACCCAUUAGAUUCUACCUCCCGUAUGUUAACCCCAGAUAUUGUCGGUGCGGAGCAAUAUGAAGUAGCCAGAAAUGUGCAACAGAUUUUACAGGAUUAUAAAUCAUUACAAGAUAUUAUUGCCAUUUUAGGAAUAGAUGAGCUGUCCGAACAGGAUAAGCUAACUGUCGCCAGGGCAAGAAAGGUGCAGAGAUUCCUGUCGCAACCAUUUGCCGUGGCUGAAGUGUUUACUGGUAAGCCUGGGAGGUUUGUAGAGUUGGAUGAUACCAUCAAGGGCUUUUCUGAGCUCCUCAAGGGCAACUGUGACGACCUGCCCGAAAUGGCCUUCUAUAUGGUGGGCGACCUGGAGGAAGUGAAGUCCAAGGCGGUUGAGAUGGCCAAGCAGGUUUCGUG